CCGCGGCCUAGCCCCUCGCGCCUGCCCGCCUCCCCGCCCGCCCGGCAGGCCGCCCCACCAUGUCCUGCGUGCACUACAAGUUCUCUUCGAAGCUCAACUAUGACACGGUCACCUUCGACGGGCUGCACAUCUCGCUCUGCGACCUCAAGCGCCAGAUCAUGGGCCGCGAGAAGCUCAAGGCGGCCGACUGCGACCUCCAGAUCACCAACGCCCAGACCAAAGAAGAAUACACUGAUGAUAAUGCCCUGAUUCCCAAGAACUCAUCGGUUAUAGUCAGAAGAAUUCCUAUUGGUGGAGUAAAAUGUACAAGCAAAACAUAUGUCAUAGCACAUAAAUUAUACAGAAUCCUAGAAACUCCUCUCAGAAGCCGAACUGAUCCAGUGAGUGGAACUUCAAAAGCAAUUGAUGACUCUUCUGCAUCUAUUUCUCUGGCCCAGCUUACAAAGACUGCCAAUCUGGCUGAAGCCAAUGCUUCUGAAGAAGAUAAAAUUAAAGCUAUGAUGUCACAGUCUGGCCACGAAUAUGAUCCAAGCAAUUACAUGAAGAAAUCUAUGGGUCCACCUCCGCCAAAUUAUACUUGCUUUCGUUGUGGAAAACCUGGUCAUUAUAUAAAGAUCUGCCCAACCAAUGGGGACAAAAAUUUUGAGUCUGGUCCCAGGAUUAAGAAGAGCACAGGAAUUCCCCGAAGUUUCAUGAUGGAGGUGCAGGACCCUAAUACCAAGGGCGCCAUGCUCACCAAUACUGGAAAAUAUGCCAUCCCAACUAUUGAUGCGGCGGCUUAUGCUAAAGGGAAGAAAGAGAAGCCUCCUUUUCUGCCAGAGGAGCCGUCGUCUUCUUCAGAAGAAGACGACCCUAUUCCAGAUGAACUGUUAUGUCUGAUCUGCAAAGAUAUAAUGACUGAUGCUGUCGUCAUUCCCUGCUGCGGAAACAGCUACUGUGAUGAAUGUAUCAGAACAUCACUGCUAGAAUCAGAGGAACAUACCUGCCCAACUUGUCAUCAAACAGAUGUUUCUCCCGAUGCUUUAAUUGCCAACAAAUUUUUACGACAGGCUGUAAAUAACUUCAAAAAUGAAACCGGCUACACGAAGAGGCUCCGCAAGCAGGCCCAGCCACCUAGGCAGGCAGCUCAGCGGAACAUGCCUUCUGCGCCAAGGCCAACCGGCUCCAGGCAGCAGGAUCCCCUCAUAAUUCCAGCCACAUCUGCCCCUGUCCAUGCAGCUGCAUCCCUCACCCUGUCGCUGGCACCUAGCAUGUCAGCAUCUGCAACAGCCACAUUGCCAGCGAGCCAGUCGGCCACCAUGUCUGCUAGCGAGGUUCCUGCACCAAUAUCCAUGGCAAUGCAUGCAGACAAGCCAGAAGGACCUUUCCGUGAGGGCGAUGGUAUUGGACCAGCUGCUAUAGUGACUGCCUCGGAUCACUCAAAACCGCCUUCCUUGCUGUCAAACGCCAUGAUAGAGGAGAAGGGCUAUCAGGUUCCUGUGCUUGGGCAGCCGUGUUUGCCAGGGCAACUGAGCUCUCAUGGACACUCAAUACCCACUAUGGGUCAACCAAUGAGAACCAACCCCGUUCGCUCUGCAGGCAAUAGGUCAGGCUGGGAGCCAAGUUCAAACCGAGGACGCCCGCAUAGUGACCGUACACAAAGGACUCAGGCCCCAACACUGCCAGCAUCAACACCAGUCUUUGUGCCCGUGCCUCCACCUCCCCUGUAUCCUCCUCCUCCCCAUGCACUUCCUCUUCCACCGGGGGUACCUCCACCACAGUUUCCUCCUCAGUUUCCACCUGGUCAGCCUCCACCAGCUGGGUAUACUGUCCCCCCUCCGGGAUACCCCCCAGCUCCAGCAAACAUAUCAACACCUUGGGUACCAACACCAGUACCAACGGCUCACUCAAAUGCCAUCCCAACGACACAAGCACCUCCUUUAUCUAGGGAGGAGUUUUACAGAGAGCAACGGAGACUUAAAGAGGAAGAGAAGAAAAAGUCAAAGCUUGAUGAGUUUACAAAUGAUUUUGCUAAGGAACUGAUGGAAUAUAAAAAAAUCCAGAAGGAACGCAGGCGUUCUUAUUCCCGGUCCAAAUCGCCAUACAGCGCAUCUUCAUAUUCAAGAAGUUCCUAUACGUACUCCAAGUCAAGAUCUGGUUCAUCCCGUUCUCGGUCAUACUCUCGGUCAUUCAGCCGCUCCCAUUCUCGCUCCUACUCACGGUCACCCCCAUACCCACGGAGGGGCAGGGGUAAGAGUCGGAAUUACCGUUCCAGGUCAAGAUCGCACGGAUACCAUCGAUCAAGAUCUAGGUCACCCCCCUACAGAAGAUAUCAUUCUCGAUCAAGGUCUCCAGUGUACAGAGGACAAUCCCCAAAUAAGCGCCCCGUUCCCCAGGGAGAAGGGGAAAGGGAAUACUUUGGUCGAUAUCGGGAAAUCCCACUUUAUGACAUGAAAGCAUACUAUGGCAGAUCUGUGGACCCAUUUGAGAAGGAGAGGUACCGUGAUUGGGAGAACUACAGGGAAUGGUACGAGAAAUAUUACAAGGGCUUUGCAACUGGAGCCCAACCCAGACCUCUGCUCAACAGAGAAAACUUCUCCCCAGAACGAUUUGGUCCCCCUGGGCCAAGGCGAGAGAAUUCCCCAUAUAUUCGGGGUCGUAGAGACGAUUACCCUGGAGGGCUAGGUCAUCGGAAUCGAAAUGUAGGUGGUGGCUACUCUGAAAAGGUGCCCAGUAGAGAGAGCCAUAGUAUGAAAGACAUGGCAAAAUUGAAAGACAAGGAAGUUGAAAACCCACCAGGAGAUGCAAAAGGAAAUAAACAUAAGAAACACCGGAAGCGAAGGAAGGGAGAAGAGGGCGAAGGCUUCCCCAGUGCCGACCUCUUGGAAGGUUCACAAAAGCCGAGAGAUCUUGCAACUGGGGAGGACAGCAAGCCUGACCCACUCUUCAUGCUUCCAAGCAGGGAUGAUGCUACCCCUGUCCGUGAUGAGCCCAUGGAAGCAGAUUCGGUUGCUUUUAAACCCAUUUCUGACAAGGAGAGGAAAGAAAAGCCGAAGGCAAAACCUGAGAAAACAAAGCGAAAGGUGGAAGGCGCUGUCACUACCAAGAAAGAGGUGCAAGCGAAGCCAGCUAAGGUACUCCCAGAAAAGGCAGAGGCUGACCGUGAAAAGUCCCCAAGGGCAGACCCUCCUGCAAAGAAAGCAAAAGAGGAGUUGCCAAAGGCUGAUGGUACUAAGUCGUCAUCUUCUCAAAAAGAUGAGAAACCACUAAGUACACCACGGAAGGUUCAUCCCCGAGGUGCAAAAGAACAUCCGGAAACCAGAUCAGCCAAGGAGGAGAAAACCAAGAAAGAGCACCCCAAGGAAAUCAAGCAGGAGAAGCAAUCUAGCAAAGAGGAAAAGCUAAAGAAACCCGUCGACAAGAACAAACCCGUGGAUGCAAAACCAGAAAAAAGGAAAAGAAAGCUUGAGGAAAAAGUAGACAAGGAUCAUGAAACCACAUCAUUAAAACCAUCCAAACAAGAAGUCACAGAAUUGAAACCUUUGCCAAAGGGGAAAACCGAUCCAGAAAGUGAAAAAACAGAGAGGACCCCCGAAAAGGACAAAACUGUUUUGCCAGUUGCUCCAACGAAAAAGAUUAAGCUGAACCGAGAAACUGGCAAAAAGAUUGCCAGUGCUGAAAACAUCCCUCCUGUUAAAGACGUUUCAGCCGAAAAGCCUGAGCCAACUGGUAGCAAAGUGAAGCAAGAGAAAACAAAAGGAAAGCUGAGGAGAAAAAUUGCAGCAGCUGAUGGAUCUGGUUCAACGCUGGUUGAUUACACCAGCGCUAGCUCUGCUGGAGGCAGCCCUGUGAGAAAGUCAGAAGAUAAGCUAGACAUGAAGCGGACUGUCAUCAAGACUAUGGAAGAGUACAACAAUGACAUAACCGCCCCUGCUGAAGACGUCAUCAUCAUGAUUCAAGUUCCACAGUCCAAGUGGGAUAAAGAUGAUUUUGACUCUGAAGAAGAGGAGGAGGAGGAGGAGGUUAAAUCUGCACAAGUUCCUUCUGCCAUUGGGAAACCCACUAGUGUCAUAAAGAAUGUUAGCACAAAGCCAUCCAAUUCCAUCAAAAACAAUGAGAAGGAUCCUGAGCCCUUAGAGAAAAAUCAGAGAACUACAAAAGAAUCUGGGCGUGAAAGUUCACAGCCUGAAUCCAAAAGCUCCAAAACUCUGGUAUCAAAUGAAAAAGGGAAAGCCAAGGACAGGGAUCAUAGUGCAUCCGACAGAGAGUCUUCUGAAAAAAAAAAGAGCGGGAUCCAACCAGAGAAAGAACGUUCUGAACGUUGUGCUGAGCAAGGAAACCUAAAGAGCGGCUCGUCUCACUCUUCUAGGGAGAGCAGGUCUUCAGAUAAAUACGAAUCAAGCCAUGGAUCCUCCGUUAAAGACUUCACUCCUAAUCGGGACAAAAAGUCUGACUACGACAGCAACCGAGAUUAUUCAGGUUCUAAGCGAAGAGAUGAAAGGAGUGAGCUUGCACGGAAAAAGGUUUCACCACCCCGUGGCCGGGAAUCUGCCACCUCUGGACCGAAGAAUAAGACUAGAGACGAGCGAACAGAGCAGCCCAAAAAAGACAUCUGGGACGCGAAACGGAGCAGCUACAGCCCUCCAAGGGACAGAAGGCAGAAUGAUCACAAAGCUGCCCACGAUUCUAGGCGUUCAGCAGAACAGAAGUCCCAAGAAACCGCCUCAGGCAAAGAAAAAGAGAAACAUGCACCACCUGAGACCUGGAGCAGUAAGGAGAGGAUGACGGGUGGGAACAAACCCUUGUACAGGCGGUGCUCGCCAGAGGCAAAAGACCCAGGGGCCGUGCAGAAUGACAAGAGCACUGUCAAGCCUAAGCCUCAGCCCAGCCACUCUUCCCGGCUCUCUUCUGACCCGACAAGAGAGACGGAUGAGGCUGCCUUUGUCCCAGACUACAACGAAAGUGACAGUGACAGUAAUGCAUCAGCGAAACAGGAGGACUCCCCCGGGAGGAAUGCCAGGGAUGGGAAGGACAAGGCCGCUGAUAAACCUAAAGAGGCGGCGGCAGUGGCCAUGUUGGCCACCCGGCCCGAUGGAAGCAGGAGCCAGAGUCAAAGCAGCCGCAGCCAGAGCCCCUCGGAAAGCCAAGGCCGCAGCCGCAGCAGCAGCGCCAGCUCUGCAGACAGCCAGGACAGCAAGAAGAAGAGGAAGAAGAAAGACAAGAAGAAGCACAAGAAACACAAGAAACACAAGAAGCAUAAGAAACACACCGGAACAGAGUCGGAAGCCGAGAGAAGCCAAAAACAUAAACACAAGAAGAAGAAGUCGAAGAAGAGCAAAGACAAAGAGAAGGAGAAAGAGAAAGGAGAUGACCAAAAAGCAAAACCUGUCACUGUCUAGAAUGGCAGAGAGGGGGGGUGGGGGGGAUGGACUGGCUUGACAAAGUCACCUGUAUGAAAUUUUGUUAUAAUGUAAACAAACAAGAGCCUUGUAAAUAAUGCCAUGCCAGGCCCUGUGCUGCACUUACACAAUUGCUGCUUGAUUUGAUUUUUACAUCAGAGCUUUAUAAAGUGAACAUUUUGUACAGACUUGUGAGUUGUGACCAUGUAAUAUGGGGGAGGGAGGGAGGAGGAUUUUUUAAUUUUAUUUUAUUUUUAAUUUGGGGCAUCUUAUUUUUAACCACCAUUAAACUAGUUUGGGUGGAGUUUACUGUACUGUGAAAUUUCACACUUUUUUUAAAAAUUGCCUGUCAGGAAAAAAAAAAGGUCUGAUAUUGGUUUAAAAUAUCAGCCGGAGGACUUGCAGAAUGCAUUACAGCCCUGUUCUGUUACUUUUGGAUUACAAUAAAAAAAAUUCAUUAAACUUUAA